CCGGCCUUAAAUUAGCGCGGGCGCCCGGGGCCGCGGCGCAUCUCCGGAGCUCGGCGGCGGGCGUGGGGACGCGGGCGGCGGCAGACGGUUGGCGGCGGCGCAGGAUGUGUGACCGCAACGGCGGCCGGCGGCUGCGGCAAUGGCUGAUUGAGCAGAUCGACAGUACCAUGUACCCAGGGCUGAUCUGGGAGAACGACGAGAAGAGCAUGUUCCGGAUCCCUUGGAAACACGCCGGCAAACAGGAUUACAACCAGGAAGUGGACGCCUCCAUCUUCAAGGCCUGGGCCGUUUUUAAAGGGAAGUUUAAGGAAGGGGACAAGGCCGAGCCGGCCACAUGGAAGACGAGGUUACGCUGUGCUUUGAACAAGAGCCCGGAUUUUGAGGAAGUGACAGACCGGUCCCAGCUGGACAUUUCUGAACCGUAUAAAGUUUACCGAAUCGUCCCCGAGGAGGAGCAAAAAUGCAAGUUAGGCGUGGUGGCUCCCGGUUGCAUUAGUGAAGCCACAGAGAUGGAGUGCGGUCGCUCCGAAAUCGACGAGCUGAUCAAGGAGCCUCCCGUGGACGAUUACAUGGGGAUGGUCAAAAGGAGCCCCUCCCCGCCCGAGGCCUGCAGGAGUCAGCUCCUCCCGGACUGGUGGAUGCAGCAGCCCAGCGCAGCAGGCCUGCCGCUGGUGCCAGGGUACAGCACCUACGACGCGCACCACGCAGCCUUCUCCCAGAUGGUCAUCAGCUUCUACUACGGGGGCAAGCUGAUGGGCCAGACCACCACCACGUGCCCCGAGGGCUGCCGCCUGUCCCUGGGCCAGCCCGGCCUGCCCGGCGGCAAGCUGUGUGGGCCCGAGGGCCUGGAGCUGGUGCGCUUCCCGCCGGCCGACGCCAUCCCCAGUGAGCGGCAGCGGCAGGUGACGCGGAAGCUGUUCGGGCACCUGGAGCGCGGCGUCCUCCUGCACAGCAGCCGGCAGGGCGUGCUGGUCAAGCGGCAGUGCCAGGGCCGCGUGUUCUACAGCGGCAACGCCGCGGUGGGCAGGGGCGGCCCCAACAAGCUGGAGCGCGACGAGGUGGUCAAGGUCUUCGACACCAGCCAGUUCUUCCGAGAGCUGCAGCAGUUCUACAACAGCCAGAGCCGGCUUCCCGACAGCAGGGUGGUGCUGUGCUUCGGAGAGGAGUUUCCAGAUAUGACCCCGUUGCGCUCCAAGCUCAUUCUCGUGCAGGUCGAGCAGCUCUACAUCCGACAGCUGGUGGAAGAGGCUGGGAAGAGCUGCAGCGCCGGCUCCGUGAUGCAGGCUCCCGAGGAGCCCCUGCCAGACCAGGUCUUCCGCAUGUUUCCAGAUAUUUGCGCCUCACACCAGAGACCUUUUUUCAGAGAAAACCAACAGAUCACAGUUUAAGUCUCUCUCUCGGGCACCCCGCCCCGCCCACAUCUAGAAUUUCAUUAUUACAAUUACUGUCGUAAUUAUUUAAGGAUGUGGAUCCCUCUGACCUGGGGUGGAAGGCUUUACCCCUGCUCUUCAUUUAGUAAGGGCGUCCUCUGAGGACUUGACAGGGAAACAGAGCCGUGCCCCACUUCUGCCGUUCAGGUGUAAGCAUCGAAACUCGCACCAGACGCUCUGGAGGCUGUAACGAUAACCUGUGAUUAAAACAUUUAUUUCCUGCAUUUUCCCCUAAUUACCAUUAGUUGCUAUGAUUCUUUCAGUAUUUGGGGAUACUUGAUAUUUCCAAAGACCUGGCAUUCAAUUUUAUUAGCAAAUAGCUGUUUCCAGAACAGAAAUCUGGAGUAGAAGAUCAGUUUAACUUUGGUUAGAGCUAUAGAGUUAUCAUUUCAUAUGCUUGAUUCAGUGAAGUGUCUUCUUUUAAGCAUGUUAAUAAGAUUUAAAGACACCUGGAUACCGGCCUUCCUUUAAUAAGUGAAAGCACAACGCUUGGGUUUUUUUAGAAGAACGCAUCGUCUUCCUAGAAUUUGGUGCCAGGAGAGCAUUUCCAUUGCCAGGUGAACUGGUGUGUUUUCAUCUUCAGACAAUGAAACCUUUCCUUUGGGGCCUUUGUUGCCAGGAAGCUUAGAGCUAAGUUUAUUUUUUCAUUUCUGUAAUUAAAUCAUCUGACAUACCUCUCUCUUCUUCAUUCUGAAUGGUUUUCACCUGUUUUUAAAAUAUUUGUACUUUUAAUGGCCCUUUUUGAGUUAAUUGUCCUAUUGUAAACUGCCUUGAAUCUUUUUUUUUAUAAAGUGGGCAGGAUGUAAACCACGAGUUCAAAAAAUAACUGUGGAUGGCACCAGC